AAACUUAUUAAAUAGUUGUAGAUAAUGAUAAUGUAAUCUACUAAGAAUUGCAACGAUGAGUGGUUACAAUCGCUCUGGAGCACAGCGCCAAAGGCGAACGGUGACAGUUAUUAUUCGCGAAGAUCAAAAUGAUAUCAAGUAUCACCACAAUGGUGUCAAUGCGCUGCAAUUCGAUCCUCAUGAAAAGCGGCUGUAUAGCGCAGGGCGAGAUAGCGUCAUCCGUUCAUGGAGCGUGGGCUCAACAGCGCUGUCCAAAAACCAGCUCGUCCCUCAAGCGAUGGAGCAUCACUGCGAUUGGGUGAAUGACAUUGUUUUAUGUAUGAAUGGUAAAAACAUCGUUUCUGCGAGCUCGGAUUGCACCGUGAAGGUUUGGAAUGUGAGUCGUGGGUUUUGCAUGUCUACUCUAAGGACCCAUAAAGAUUAUGUGAAGUGUUUGGCAUACGGACGUGAUCGAGAGCUAGUUGCAAGUGCUGGCUUCGACAGACAAAUAUUUUUAUGGGAUGUUGGAAAACUGCUGCAACUGACAGCGACAAAUAAUACAAUUAACACUCAAAAUUUGAUGGGCGCUACCGAUUCAAUAUACAGUCUAAGUAUGAACCCCACUGGAACCGUAUGUGUAGCAGGAACUUCAGACAAGUCGUUGCUUGUCUGGGACCCGAGAACACAAAAUUUUAACCUCAAGCUGAAGGGCCAUUCCAACAUCGUCAAGUCUUUAGUUGUUUCUCCAGACGGUACAAAAGUUCUAUCAGGCUCCUCAGAUGGGCUAAUCAAACUUUGGUGUCUGGGAGAGCAAAGAUGCAUUGAAACCUUUAAAAUUCAUCAAGACAGUGUCUGGUGUCUUUUGGCGGAUCCAGCGUUUACAAUGGUUUAUUCUGGGGGACGAGAUGGAGCUGUCUUUGAAACAGAUCUCACUCCUUCUUUGAACACUAGCGAUACGUCAUCAGCUGACAGCUUGUUCACAUCGCGACAAGUUGUUCAAGAGAAGCGACCAAUUCUAAGCAUGCAAUUUGGAGACGUCAACAUGAAAAGUCUGUGGGUGUCUACAACGUCUUCACAUAUCAAUAAGUGGGAUAUUCCAUCUGAGACUUACACAACGACACAUUACGCUGAUGAUGGCGAAAAUGAGUAUGAAUCAAUUCUAGAUAACACUAACUCAGAUCAACCUAGACCAACGUAUGUGUUCAAGAACAUAAAAGCGAGCUACGUAAUUGAAGGAAAGCCAGCUCUUGUUCGCUACCAUGUUUUGAAUAAUAAGCGAUACGUUUUGACUCAAGACUCAGAAGGAGUUGUAGCCAAAUGGGACGUGCUGACAGGAGUAAAACAUUCAGUAAUUGGACCAGUGUCCUCUUUUGACGAGGAGAUCAAGAACCACUUCCAGUUCAUCUUCGUCCCAUCUUGGUUCUCAGUUGAUCUGAAGACGGGCUAUCUGUGUGUACACAUUGAUGAAGUGGACUGCAUGCAGUCUUGGGUCCCGGCGAAGGAACUCGACAUGAAGCAGAGAUACGGAGACAAUCCAGAAAGUGAUAAAGUGCAUUUUGCCUGUCUGAUGCUACAAGCGCUGUUCGAACGGUGGCCGGAAAGUGGCGCCAUGAAGAUCACGAUGGAAUUGGCUGCGGCGGCUGAGCAGGAAAACUCUGGCAGACAGUUUGCACCCAAUUCGGCGUCCGCCACCGAGGGAGAAAGAAGACGAGACAGUAACGAGAGUGAGGCGGCAGCACUGGGAGGUGGAAUUCAGCUGAAGUACCUCGGAAACAAUUUCUUCUCCCUUCCUGAUCACACUGUGCUCAUUAUAAACGAGAUGCCGUCUGGGAAGGCGAUUGCGAGAUUCCUCAUCCCCAGUUGUGAGAGAGACAUCGAGUCCCAGACUCUGAAGGAUGCACUGCCAGAAUGGAUCAAGGAGAUUGUAAUAGAGAUGAUUGCACCAAAAUUUCACAAGCUGGCAUUUUUUCUGCUGCCUCACCCAAGCUGCAAUUUGAAGAUUUACAACAACAAAAAAGAUCGUCUUUCCGCAAACGACCUGUUGCCUGUGCGGAAGAUAUUAGAGCACGUGGUGGAGAAAGUGUUGCGACCAGAGUCGUCUGCUCAAGACCACUACAGCACUCAUGGGGGAGGAGGCAGUGCAAAUAAUUCCACGGGGGGCAAUCAUGGGGGCUCUCAGUUGACUGCAGAAGAGAUGAAUGAGGAAGUGGACGCACUUGAGCUAAUAUGCAACGACGUGGUGCUUGACCUUGGGUGGGAUCUGCGCACGAUAAAACACUUCAUCUGGAGGGGAGUUAGUGGCGAUUUGACACUGUUGUUCAAACAGAAAGACAAAGACUCGCAUACCUCUCAAAACAACAGUAAAAAAUGAAUCUCCUUUUGGUGCUCUAAUUCUUGGGUAAUUAACAGAGAGAGAUAUCGAUAGACCCGAAUACAAAGAACAAUCAAAGAACAAUCCUAGCUGGUCAUUGAGAUAAUGCGGAAUAUUUUGCAGAACUUGUUCAGGAUUCGAUUCAUUAGUAAAUAUCUCGCGGUCGCUA